UACUUUUUUCUACACCUUUUCUUGUUGAAUGUAGUGUAUUCCUCUUGAUCAUCACGAGAAAUGUAGAGAAAGAAAUAAUUAAAAGCAAGAUCCACUUUUGUUUUUUCGUUUGCGACCAAAGAGAUCCACUUUAUGCUCUGUUUUAUUUUCUCUUUGUAAUAAUUUCCUCGAUAAAAUCCUGAAGAACAACCUUUUUUUUUUUAUCGGUCACUCGAGACUCCGUAGAGUCAAUCAAAAAGCCAUUGAUUCUCUUCUUCCUUCUCUCCCUCUCUCUUUCUCUCUCUUUGCUUUGUUUUUCUUUCUUUAAGAUUUAAAAGAAAAAUAGAGGAGGAGCUAGUUAUGUCGUCGACGAACGGAGGGUUCGAGUUUUUUUCACCGGAGAACACAAACUGGAUUUUCCAAGAAGUCAGAGAAUCCACGUGGACGGCUGAGGAAAACAAACGGUUCGAGAAAGCUCUCGCCUUUCUCGACGACAAAGACAAUCCAGAGAGCUGGUCCAAAAUCGCCGCUUUAAUCCCCGGCAAAACCGUAGGUGACGUCAUUAAACGAUACAAGGAGCUGGAGGAUGACGUCAGCGACAUCGAGGCCGGACUUGUCCCCAUUCCGGGAUACGGCGGCGACACCUCCUCCGGAACCACCAGUGACUACUUCUUUGGGCUAGAGAACCCUAGUUACGGUUACGGUUACGAUUACGUCGUCGGAGGGAAGAGGAGUUCGCCGGCGACGAUGGAUUACUUUAGGCCUCCGAUGCCGGAAAAGGAACGGAAAAAAGGAGUUCCGUGGACCGAGGAAGAACACCGUCUAUUUCUAAUGGGUUUGAAGAAAUACGGAAAAGGAGAUUGGAGAAACAUAGCGAAAAACUUUGUGACGACUCGAACGCCGACGCAAGUCGCUUCACACGCUCAAAAAUAUUUCAUUCGACAGCUCACUGAUUGUAAAGACAAACGGCGAUCAAGCAUUCACGACAUCACAACCGUUAACAUCCCCGACGCAAACGUAUCAACAACCGCCACCGCAACACUCUCUCCUACUACAACCAAUUCUUUUGACGCUUUCCUCCCUCCAAAGCCUCAUCACAAUUUCGUGUUUGCGUCUGCGUCUAGUUAUUAUAACGCAUUUCCGCAAUGGAGUUGAAAUCUCAUAUAGAAGUUCUAGAGUUUUAUCUCAUAAAAUUGUUAUAUGUGUUUUCUACGUACAUAUAUACCUAUAAAAUCAGUGCAGGAUUCUUGUACAUAGCUGUAAGAAAUUUGAAAGUUUGUGUGAUUAUGCGAUCCAUAUAUAUUUUAGGUUUGUUUGGUUGUAAUUUCCAGUUUCACUGGU